GUCCCCCUUCUGCCCGGCCGGCACUCGCGCGUCCCGGCGCUGAAGAUGGCGGAGGGCGGCGGCGGCGCGGCCCCCCCCCUCCUGCUCUUCUUCCUCCUCCUCCUCCUCCUUGAAGGGGCUGCGGGAGCAGAUGGUUGCUGCAGCCCAAGCCAUAGCAGAAGAAAGAAGAAGCCAAAGUGGUGUUAGCCCUAUUGCAGUCCAAUCCUCAAUAAACAUAAAGACAGCAACUAAGCCAGUGAUAGAUGGUUCCAUUCUAAGAACAGAAGAAAGACAAAGACUGGCCAGGGAGCGUAGAGAAGAGCGGGAAAAGCAACAUGCUGCCAAAGAGUCACAAAUCCUUGAAAAGGAGAGAAAAGCAAAAAUCCAAUAUGAAAAACAGUUAGAAGAAAGGCAGAGAAAGCUCAAAGAACAGAAGCAGAAAGAGGAACAACGGAGAGCAGCAGUAGAAGAAAAGAGAAAACAAAAAAUAGAGGAGGAAAAGGAGCGGUAUGAAGCAGUUAUGCAUCGUACCUUGGAACGAAAUCAGCGGCUGGAAACACGACAGAAGAGAUGGUCAUGGGGGGGAUCUGUAACUCCAGAUGCAGAGAGCAAAACAGAGCAACAGACCACAGAUGAAAGUGGAACUGGUGCCAGCAAGCGAUCCACCUCCACAGCUAACCUCAAACAGUCAGAAGCUGCCAUGAAUAAACGGUUGUCAUCAUCUGCAGCCCUUUUAAAUGCUUCUGAUCGAAGUACCACAAAGAGAAGUGCCUCAUUAAACAGACUGAAUAACAAAGUCCCUCUACCUUCUCAGCAGUCAGCAGUCAAAGGUUCGCAGGUGGAACAGAAAGGAGGAACAGAAAAGAAGAGGAGCACAUCUUUGAAUAGAAUGAGUAGUAAACCCCAAUCCACUCCAGAACUAGAAAAAGUGAAAAAGGAAGAAAAAACAGCUCGGCGCUCCCAGCUCAGUCCCCUGGACAGUAGCGUAAUCAGUCGCCUCCUGGCCCCCACACAGGCCUCCUUAGCUAGGAGUAAAAGUGCUGCUACAUUGUCGGCUGAUGGACAGGAUCCCUCAGAAUCUCACCUCUGUCCUCGUUCAGCUUCAGCCAGUUCCAUCAAUUCCCCAGUCCCAACUCCUAAAGUGCCCGUGCGCAGUCGUAGCAUCGACAGAUUGAAGUCCUCUGUAUCUUCAUCUGAUGCAAGUUCACCAGAUUCAACCCAGAAAUCAGAGACAGAAAAACCCUCCCCAGGUUCUGGUUUAAGACGCCCUCCCUCACCAUCUGUGGCUGCCCGUAGAAGAUCCCCCUCUCCUGCUAAUUUGGUGAAGCGUCCUCCGUCACCUUCUACAGUUCGACAAAAGACUCGUCCACCCUCACCCAGCCUGUCAAAACAAAGGCCACCAUCUCCUGCUCCAACGUCUAAACCGGCACCCAUCCAACGCCCACCUCUCACACCAGGUGUUAUAAACAUUACCAAAAAGAAAAGUGAAGCAGAGAGCAAACCAAAGGAUAAGAGCACAGAAGGAGCAGGACAAGAGCAAGGUGCUUCACCAGCCUUGGAUGCGGAAGCAACUAGCACAAAGACCAAAGAAGAAUCAGGUAGCAAAACAGUAGCAGGGACCACCACAGCUGAAGAAGCUGCUAAAAUCUUGGCAGAGAAACGACGUCUAGCACGAGAGCAAAGAGAGCGCGAAGACCAAGAAAGAAUUCAGAGGCAAGAAGAGGAAAGAAUCAGAGAAGAAGAAAUGGCCAAGAGAGCAACUGAGGAAAAAGCACGAUGGGAGGAGGAGCUCCGCAAGCAGGAGGAAGAAAAGAGACUGGCUUAUGAGGAACAGCAAAGACAAGCUGAAGAGGAGAGGAUCCGCCGAGAACAGGAAGAGCAGGAAAAACUUGCAGAGCUUCAGCACCAGAGAGAAGAAGCUGAAGCAAAAGCUCAAGAAGAAGCUGAAAGACAGCGGCUGGAAAGAGAGAGAAUUAUGCAGCAAAAUAUGCAGGAAAGGCUUGAAAGAAAAAAGAGAAUCGAAGAAAUCAUGAAAAGAACACGAAAAGCAGAUCAAAACGAAUCCAAGUUGCAGAGUGAAGGGAAGUCUACCUCUGAGUCUAUGGAAGGAGAGGAUAUUGAAGAGGAGGAAGAGUUGGGUCUUGAGAAGACUGAUCAGCCAGGGAAGCUAAAUGGUGUUGACUUAGCCCAGGAAGUCAAGGGGGAGGCUGAGAACUGUUUAAAGACUGCACAUAGCUUGAUCUCUCCAGAAUCUGAGGAACAAGACGUGUCAGAGUCAAAGGCCAGUGAAGUGUUCAUGAAUGGAGGCGAUUUGAAAAGUGAUGGGGGGUCUCUCCUUGUGACUGAAUUAAAGGAUUCCAGCCAUCCUGCAAAAGAAAUGGUUAUGGAUGACAGCGUGAAGUCGGGUGGUAACAAAGCUGAUCAUACGAUUGGACUUAUUCAGAAUCUUAAUGGAAAAUCGGGUUCCUGGACUUUUGAGGAGUUCAUUGGCGUUGGAGUACAUUCCAAGUCAACCAAACUGAGCUCAGAGAGCAUCUCUGCUGGUAACUGUAAUCAAAACUUGAAUGAUGCUGCUACAAUACCUUCUAGUCCCAAAUUGGCUUUUGAGGAAGAUGGUGCAGUGAAUUCCUUGACCAAACCUAUAGAUGCUUCAUCAGGUAAUCCAAGCUGAUUUCCCUAUCUGUCUCUUCCUCUGGGUAGGUAAUUAACUUCCUUGCAUUUUACUCUCCUUGCCUUAACUACAGCUUCUUAUUUUAAGGCACUUUUUCCAAUGCAUAGACCAGAGGGAAAGCUCUUUGUUUAGUGCUUGUGACUUGAGUUAUGUCAGAAGGGGUCACCAACUGAUGCCUUUGUAGGGAAUUGCUCUAGGCAGCAGCUAAGGCCUGUCAUGAAGGCUCUUCCAAAGACACAGCUGAGCCCUGUAAAGCUCCUGUAUCGCCUACCAGCACUGGAGCCCAUCUGUUUUAUUUUAAGCUUCUAAGAUAUCUUAAAUGGCAUAUGUUACUUUUGAAGAUACUAAUGGUUUAAAAAGUGUCUGAUGUAACUUCAUAGACAAGACUUUUCCCACCCCUAGGCACUUCCUGUAACUUUGAUGCUGACCUGUGUGGUCUUACAAGGUCUUUCCAGGCUCUGGCAAGGUAUUAACUGUCAUCUCUACUUACUGUAGAAUAGUCUAUCAUUUCACUGAAAGAGGUAACACCAACCUUAAGUUCUACAGACGGUUGUGUUACGUAUUGGGAGGAAUAAUAAAGCUGUACACAUGCUAUGCUGAAUUUCCUGAAGGAAGCAGGGCUGCAUCUGAAGCUACAUGUACUUGAGAAGCCAAACCCUCAUGCAGUACAGCAUGUCAGAGAGGCUUCAGUAAGCUUGUUUAGGCAAGACUGAACUUCUCUGGUGUUGGAGGAUAGGCCCCAAAUGGACAUACUCCCAGCAGGAGAUCUCUUUCCAUGAGAUAAAUGACUGUGUGAACAGUUGAAUGGUAGUGGAAAAAACAAGACCUGCCCUCCACAUUUUCUUUAAGUGAUGUGUAGCACUUUUUUUUUUUAUUAAAGUGUAGCACUUUUCUAGACUGAACUGUUUCCCGAGUCUCCUCUGUCACUCUGCGUCUUGAGAACUUUCGUCCCAUGGAGGUUGUCUUGGUGAGACUCCCCUCAAGGCCACAACUAACUAGGCCAUGGGAACAGGCAGAUCUCAUGUGACACUGCUGAUCACAUUCUGUUCUGAGCAAAAUCACUAACGUUUUACUUAAGAAACUGUUGCCUUUUAACUUUGAACUUGACAGUGUUUAGAUGUAAUGUGGUUGGAGAAUUAUGUACAGAACUUGGAAAACUCAAUAUUCACACAUAAAAACGAGCAAAGCUGCUGUGCUGGUUUUGGUGCCAUAAGUGACGGAGUGGUUCUGUGCUCACAGCCUGGAUGUAGCCUCUGACAGUGGUGAUAGACGUAUGUGUCAUACAGGAAUGGUGGUUAAACGUUUUCUUCUCUUUGCUCUUUGGACAGAACUGUGAACACUAGAGACCUGGAAAUAAUCUGAUUGCACUGCAGUAAUCCAGUGUUUGAUCAAGUACUGAAGGCCUUGUUUUGAAAAGCUGCUUGUUUACCUUUAUCCAUCUUAGAGUUUGCAAAAACACAAAAACUCACCAGGGAAAGGAUGACAAACUUCUAAUUUGCACCUUGAACCAUUUCAGGGAAACUAUUGUGCUGAUGUUCCUUUUCUGUUCGUUUAGCUAGUUGUUAGAUUAGACUUCCUUGUUCAAAUAUCACUUGUUUCCCUUUUACAGCCUUUACAGUAACCUGUUUGAGUCUCUUUUGUUCAGUUUUCAUCCCAGAGUCUGCAUAUUCUUAAAGUGGCACUUGAUGAAAUAAAAGACUCAUUCAGGUUGUGUUGAAGCUGAACUCCCUUUGUAAUGUUCUAGAAAAAUGCUGUUACUCGUUGGUUCAUGUGCUAUUUAAAAACACAAAACUGAGCAUCUUCAGUUUUGGCUGGAGAAGAAAAACUCCUUAUUUUCCAACAUGAAAAUAUUGGCAGUUUCAGAAUGCAGUAUUGUACUCCCACUAAUAUGUUUUAAUCUAUUGGCAAACAUCAGAACAUUUUAUUACAGCAUAUGCACUAAUCUAUUACCAAAAUAACCUGGAGAUGCCUGUUAUAGUGCGGUUUAACAUGUCAUGCUUUUAAAAAUGUUUUUUCUUUUGAAUUACCUAUUUAAGUUUAUCUACACUUAUGGAAGUAUUAUUUUAUUGUGUACAUAACAGUAUUAGACCACUGAAGUCACGUUUUGUUGAUGUUAAUUAUUCUAAGUGUUGCUGUUCUAGCAGUGUAACAGUGGCUGCAAGCUGCUUAUAUAUUUCCUUCCCCCUAAAGCCUGCAUUAAGUAACCCAUUUAACCUAAACUUUGCUUUUUACAGCACAAGGAGAUUAACUAAGCAUCUCCUGAAAACAGCUACUAAAAAUAAUAAUGCAGACUUGUUCUUAUGUCUCCUGUAACAGACUGCCUAGGUGCUUACUUUAAAAACUAGCUGUCUCAAACUUGCAAUAAACCAUUGGCUGAUCCUUCAGCUCAAACAAAUCAUCCACCAGACACCUGUGUUUUCAGUGGUUCGAUGCAGAGGGGUUGGCUGGAACUCAUGGCAGUUUCCAUAGGAAACCCUCAGCCUUCCUACUUCCACUCUUUGCUGUUCAGAACACGGUAGAACUGUUGUAGACUUUAGAGCAGUGCCUUAGGUUAAAGGAAAAAUGUAUUUUUGUACGGUAGGGGUUUUGUUCUGGCAGAGACAAUCACUCUCACGGAAAAGGUGCCGGUAUGUGUUUCUGUGCUGAUGUGUGUUGAACGGUCUGUUACAGCUCUCUGUAAAUACUCUCUGUUCAAUAAACUUUGCAGUUGAA